AUGGAGCUACCUCUAGGUUUUGUCCAUAAAGGUGAGAAGGGGACAGUGUGUAAGGCUCCCAUUGAAUUAAAUCAGAAAUUGACUACUACAAAAUUUGAUUUGCAUUUUUCAUCUACAGAUGAGAAGGAUAAGCUGCUAGUAGAUCCUUAUAAGUAUCAAAAGUUGGUAGGAAAAUUAUUUUACUUGACCAUUACAAGGCCAAAUAUUGUAUUUGCAGUGCAAUUACUAAGCCAAUUUAUGCAUAGUCCCGGGACAUCACACAUGGAGGCAACAAUAAGGGUAGUUAAAUAUGUGAAACAAUCACCAAGUCUUGGAAUACUCAUGACAGCUAAUGCUACUAAUCAGUUGACUGCAUACUGUGAUGCAGAUUGGGCAUCAUGUCUAAAUAGUAGGAAAUCCAUAACUGGCUACAUAGUUACAUAUGAAAAUUUCUUGACUUCAUGGAAGUUCAAGAAACAGGAUACUACUUCAAGAAGCUCAGCUGAGACUGAGUACAUAAAUUUGAGUUCAACAGUUGUAGAAAUUGUAAAAAAUGUUCAACUUGGAUUAGUGCAACCUGUGUAUUUGAAGACAACAGAGCAACCUACAGACUUGUUCACAAAGAGCCUUACUUGUGUACAACAUUGA